AUGAACAGCAUCAGUGAAGAGUUUAACCAAGAAGAAAGGAUCAUUUUAGCAGCCUGGUUCAGUGUCACAGGUCUGGUGGCCGUAAUUGGCAACACCGUUGUCUUAUGGUUGAUCGCCAGAAAUCAUUCCUUCAGAAUAAUUUCGAAUUUUUUCAUUGCUUCAUUGGCUGUGGCGGACUUGUCGGUAGGACUUGUUAUAAACCCUGUAUGGGCAACGGCCAGGUGCAUCAAUUAUGACGAAGACAGUUAUCUGAAAACUUACGGUAAAGCUAUUGAUUAUCUGUGGAUACACACCACUGUAGCUACAACGUUCAACCUAUGCUGCAUUAGUCUGGACAGGUAUAUUGCCAUCAUUCAUCCGCUCCGCUACCAAGAGCUUCUUACUAACACGAGAAGUUAUCUCAUCAUAGCUUCUGUAUGGGUCUUGUCGUUUCUUCUCCCCUGUUCAAGGUUUUUUGUGAGAGAUGAUUCUAUUGAGUUGUGGUUGUCUUUUACAAUCAUAACAGUGUUAAUUCCUAUGAUCGUCAUUGUGUUCUGCUCCAUUCGAAUAUUGAAAGCCUCUGCGACGCAGUCCAGGAGAAUAAAUGUUGUCACUUUACAGAAUCAAGAAUCCGUAAACAGACGAAAACAGAACUUAAAAGCUGCUAAAACAGUUAGUAUUGUGGUGGGGCUAUUCGUUGUUUGCUGGCUGCCGAGUCUAAUGACUUCUUUCACUCAAUAUUUGAGCAAAAAUAUGGUUUACUCCACCAUGUAUCAUAAGGUUUGGACUAUUGUCGAGGCGGUUGCUUUUACUUCCGCGGCAAUCGACCCGUGGGUUUAUUGUUUGCGAAACAGCAAAUUCUAUGAAGCAUUUAAUCGCACUUUUCGAGUACGCGGAAGACAAAUUAUAGAACAAACUUCCGCUCGUCGUUAAACCAAGAGAAAUCAUUACGUAAACGAAUAAUAGUAACCAAAAACAUGUUGAUUUUUAAUGGAAGAAAAUGUUUGAGAUCUAAUAUUCUGAUGUGCACACUGUCGUAUUUUCCAUAAACGUCGAACAGUUGACAGUUU